AUGCAGGACUUUACGAGUAUAUUAAACAUAAUAUUUAUAAUAAGCGGUGGUGCCCUUACAUUUGUGAUCCUAUUCAUAUUCGCUAAAAGGCAAAUAACAAGGUUCGCCCUUCGCUCUCGGAGAGGACCCCACGUACCCAUCGGUACUGAUGCUAAAAAAUAUUUGAAGAGAGAGAUUGAACGCCGUAUAGAAGCUGUACCGAGGAUUAUGUACGAGCCCCGUCUUCUUAGUACGGAACCCUCACAUUAUAUUCUGGAACCUCAGCAGCCUUACCAUUACCGGUUCAGAGCCGUUGAUGACGUAAAAACACUUGAAGAGGAAAUAGCCCGUCAAGACGCUGGUCUCCGCCGCCACCCUCGCGAGUCACUUCGCGCAUUCCUCUUGUCAUCUCUAGCUGCCCCUCUAGAUGGGAGAGGGCAGAAGUUAGUGCACCAGUUCUGUGAUACCUAUGAAUAUGCCAGGCACCACCCUGGAGAGUUUGGAGAAGAUGAGUACACAGCGUACAGCAGACUGCUGUUGAAACUGCUUGAUGCCGCGCGGCUGCUGAAGAGCGUGGGCACGUGCCCGGCGCCGCUGCCGCGCGACAGCCCGGUGCGGCGCGGGCGCGCGCUGCUGGACGCGGCGCGCCUCCGCCCCGCGCUGCCGCCCCUCCCCGCGCUGCCCCGCAGCAACAAGCUCCCCGCCGCGCUGCACAAGCACUACACUGCGCUCGAGAACACGCCAGUAGAUAUGAAGUUAGAAGAGGAAGUGAUCCGGGUCCCCGUCCGGAGCCCCACCGAGUCUCAGGUGAAGGCUCCGGCGGACGAGACGGCUGUGUGA